UCUCCUUAUUUGGGGGGUGUGGCUCCUACCCCCACCCCAUUCCUUUGCCUGUCUCCAAUGUUUAGGGAACCCGUGGCUUCAAUCUUCUGGCCUCCUCCUGGCUGAAUCCACUCAGUUUUCACUAUUUUCAGUCAGCCCUAUUUUCCCUUUCGCUUCUAUGUGCUAAGCUGCCUGCCCUCUCAGGGAGGUGCCUCGUAGCAGCCCGCCCUCUAUCCUGGCUUCCUCAGGAAAAGCCUUGGGAGGAAGCAGGGAGGGGGUUGGGAGCUGUGGGGACCAGAUGAAACCAGGCCCUCCUACUAUGCUGGCCGCCAUGGGACUAGGGUUGGUGUUCUCACUGCUGCUCUGGACUCGGGGGACCCAGGGAUCCACGCUAGACCCAACUGGUCAGCACGUCUGUGUAGGCAGCAGCCCCUCUGAGCUCCAGUGCUGUCCCGGCUGGAGGCAGAAAGAUCAAGAAUGCACCAUCCCCAUCUGUGAGGGGUCUGAUGCCUGCAGGAAGGAUGAGGUAUGCGUGAAGCCGGGUCUCUGUCGAUGUAAACCUGGAUUCUUCGGAGCCCAGUGCAGCUCUCGCUGUCCAGGCCAGUACUGGGGCCACGACUGUCGUGAGACCUGCCCCUGCCAUCCACGUGGCCAGUGUGAACCAGCCACGGGUGUGUGCCAGUGCCAGCCCAACUACUGGGGCAAGCUCUGUGAGUUCCCCUGCAACUGCGGCUCCCACGGACAGUGUGAUCCAAAGACGGGCUUGUGCCACUGCGACCCCGGCUGGUGGGCACCCACGUGUCGUCGCCCGUGUCAGUGCAACCCAGCGGCGCGCUGUGACCAGGCCACUGGAGCCUGCAUAUGCCCGACGGGCUUGUGGGGCCACCGCUGCAGCUUCAACUGCAAGUGCAACACCUCGCCCUGCGUGCAGGACACCGGCCGCUGCAUCUGCCAGCAGGGCUGGUGGGGUCCGGAGUGUAAUCGUAAGUGCCAGUGUGUACGAGGCCAAUGCAGCGUUACUUCCGGCCACUGCUCCUGCCCUCCUGGCUUCCAUGGAGUACGCUGUGAGCUGCCUUGCAGCCCUGGCCACUAUGGGGCACAGUGCAAAGAAAGCUGUGGCCACUGUGAGCCGAAUGCCACGUGCUCUCCAGUCACCGGCAACUGUGAGUCCUGCAAGCCAGGCUGGAACGGGACUCAGUGCAAGCAGCCAUGUCCUCCAGGCACCUUUGGUGAGAGGUGCACUGGGCAGUGCCCCCGCUGCUGGCUUGGAGAGCCCUGUCAAGCAGAAACUGGGCACUGCCAGCGCUGCGACCCUGGUUGGCUAGGGCACAGGUGUGAGAACCCUUGUCCCCUUGGUACCUUUGGGAAGGGCUGCAGCUCUACCUGCCCCGCCUGUGUUCAGGGGACUUGUGAUGCAGUGACUGGGGAAUGUGUCUGCAGUGCUGGCUACUGGGGGACCAGCUGCAAUAGUUCCUGCCCAUCUGGCUUCCACGGAAACAACUGCUCUAUCCCCUGCCAAUGCCCAGAAGGGCUCUGCCACCCCGUGUCUGGGGCCUGCCAGCUGGGCCGUCAUGGUAAAAACGCCCUCAUUGUGGGCAUCCUGGUCCCUCUGCUGCUGCUCCUCAUGGGCAUCAUCUGCUGUGCCUACUGCUGCUCAGCCACCCGACUGGACCCCAAGGACAGGCCUGAGAGAAAUGGAGCUGCCUUUUUCAGAAUGAAGCAGCAGGUGUGGGGGGCCCUCACCAGCCUGGGCUCGGCACUGCCCUGUGGCUCCCUCAGUAACUACAAGCUACCCUGGGUGACAGUUUCUCAUCACGAUCCGGAGGUUCCCUUCAACCACAGCUUCAUUGAGCCACCCUCUGCCGGCUGGGCCUCUGACGACUCCUUCUCUUCUGAUCCCGACUCUGGAGAAGAGGACGAAGCUCACACCUACUUCGUGCCACCUCGAGAAGAGACAGUCCCUAUGGCCCAAGAAGAAUCACUAGCAGCCAGCCUUCCUGGAGGCCCCUUCCCUCCCCCUGAGGAUGCCUCCACACCAUUCCCCAUCCCACGCACGUCCAGCCUAGCUCGGGCCAAGAGGCCAUCUGUCUCCUUUGCUGAAGGCACUAAAUUUGCACCACAGAAUGGCCGAAGCUCUGGGGAUCUCUCCAGCCCCAUCCGAAAACCCAAGAGACUCUCCAGAGGUGCUCAGCCACGUCCUGAAGGGCAGGAGGGUGAGGAGUCUACAGGCCCAGAGCAAGCAAACACAGAGGAGGAUGCUCCUACAGCCACAAGCUCUGGAGAUGCUGGCAUUAGUGACGGCCAACUUCCACCUGAUAGCCGAACAGUGGCCGAGUGUGUGGAAACCACCGAUGGAGGCAUCCAGGAGAGUUCGGGGUCUGUCGCCACUAUCUAUAUGCUGGCAGGGACACCCCAGAAACCUGAGGGCCCUGUCUGGUCUGUCUUUCGUCGUUUGGGAAACUACCAGAAAGAUCAGGCAGCACCCAAGGUAAAGAGUGCCAUCCCUAAGCCUUUGCGCCGAUCUCUAGGUCGAAACCAGACCAGCUCUGGGCUGUCCCCGAGCUCUGGCUCAGCUCCAGGUGCCGUGCUCUCCGGGGCCAUGGAGUCCACCGCAGUUAGGCCAGAGGAAGCAUCCAGAGGUCUGGGAGAUGGUGUUGAGAGCUUAGGGACAGUCCAGGAUCCAGUCGCCGGAAGCAGUUCCCCGGAACAGGCAGAAGAGAGGGAACAGGAGGAGCCCCUGUAUGCGAAUGUUGCGCCCAUGUCUGUGCAGCCGCAACACUGAGGACCUUGAGUUUGGUGAGUGGGAAGACUGUGGACCGGGAUGCAGGGAGAGCGGGAUGCUGAAGCUGCCGUGGACCAGAUUGGGCUUUGUGCCGGGAAAUGAUGCCAAAGCUGUGACAGACUAAACAGAAACUCUGCCCUGGAAGAGGCGAGGGUUAGAGGCCAGCUGGCUGUGGGUCUGCCCCUGGUGGUGUCCCCAGGUGGGACUGGAAGGCCUGAGCAGAGACCCUGUGUAACAGGGUCAGAGAAAGGAGGAGACAGCUACAGGGCUUUUCCUCCAUCGUCCUGGAUUCUGUUCCAAGACUAUUCUUUCUGUCGCUUCAAAACAUUUUUUCUUUCUGAAAUGGAAAACAACCUAAAUAUUUGACGAUAAAGAUUGAUUAAACAAA